AAAGGUGUCCAUCUUAUCGAUGACAAAUUGUUAAAGAUCCCCCACGCAACAAGGAGAGGUGUCCGAGGCCUCCCACCUCAUAAUUCCAACCCACUGUGUGUGCCGCUGUAGCAGCGCGCGCCACCACCGUCAACUUCUCCCCACCUCGCCGCCGUCUAGAUUUCGUCUCCUGGGCUCGAGCAACCGAAGCAGGCUUGGGGUGUUCUCGGAGAGAAUCGUUGCCUCGGCCGAUGCCGGCCCUGAUGUAGGUUUCUGCUCUGCUUUGCCCGGUGCCAACGUCUCUCCCGGAGUAGCGGUUCCGCCGCCCCAUGAUCUGCCAGUUGGAACACAUGGGCGUUCACGGAGGAGGUUGCUCUGCUGGACAGUGACCGCAUUUGGUAGCGGUGGAGGAAGACGACGAAGAGGAGGAGGAGUAGGCCAUGAAGGAGGUGGCCGAGGAAAGGUGCCUUGACCCGCAGCUGUGGCACGCGUGCGCUGGCGGCAUGGUGCAGAUGCCGCCCGUGCGCUCCCGUGUCUACUACUUCCCGCAGGGUCACGCGGAGCACGCGCAUGGCGGCGGGGCCGCGGACCUCGCCGGGGCGCGAGCGCUCCCGUCGCUCGUGCUCUGCAGCGUCACCGGGGUGCGCUUCCUGGCCGAUCCGGAGACCGACGAGGUCUUCGCCAAGAUCCGCCUGGUGCCGGUCGCGCCCGGCGAGGUGGAGUUCCGAGAGCCCGAUGAGUUCAGCGUCGACCCCGCGGACGCCCGGGAGAAGCUUUCUUCCUUCGCCAAGACGCUGACGCAGUCCGACGCCAACAACGGUGGCGGCUUCUCGGUGCCGCGCUACUGCGCCGAGACCAUCUUCCCCAAGCUCGACUACCGGGCCGACCCGCCGGUGCAGACGGUGCUUGCCAAGGACGUGCACGGGGAGGUCUGGAAGUUCCGCCACAUUUACCGGGGCACGCCGCGCCGGCAUUUGCUCACCACGGGAUGGAGCACGUUCGUCAACCAGAAGAAGCUCGUCGCCGGGGACUCCAUCGUCUUCCUGCGCACUGAGCAUGGCGAGCUGUGCGUCGGGAUACGGCGUGUCAAGCGGGUGUCCUGUGGUGGCAUGGAGUGCAUGUCUGGGUGGAACGCCCCGGGGUAUGGGGCCUUGUCGGCAUUCUUGAAGGAUGAGGAGGGUAAGAUGAUGAAGAGUCAUGGUGGGUACAUGAGAGGUAGGGGGAAGGUGAAGAUCACGGAUGUUGUCAACGCCGCAAGUCUAGCAGCGAGCGGACAACCAUUUGAAGUUGUGUACUACCCGAGAGCUAGCACACCGGAGUUUGUUGUGAAGGCUGCAUCGGUACAGAACGCGAUGAGGAACCAGUGGUGCCCGGGGAUGAGGUUCAAGAUGGCAUUUGAGACAGAGGAUUCGUCAAGGAUCAGUUGGUUUAUGGGGACGAUAGCUUCUGCUCAGGUUGCUGACCCAAUCAGAUGGCCAAAUUCACCGUGGAGGCUUCUUCAGGUUUUGCUUGAUCACAUGUUUCCAAUACUUGUGGCAUGGGAUGAACCGGACUUGCUGCAGAACGUGAAAUGUGUGAACCCAUGGCUCGUGGAGAUCGUAUCAAGCAUUCCACCGAUCCACCUGGGACCAUUUUCUCCACCUAGGAAGAAGCUGCGGGUGCCCCACCAUCCGGACUUCCCGUUCGACGGCCAGCUGUUGAAUCCGAUUUUCCACGGCAACCCACUCGGUCCGAGCAACGGCGGCGGUGCUCUUCGCUGUUUCUCGGACAUCGCUCCUGCAGGCAUACAGGGAGCCAGGCAUGCUCAGUUCGGUCUACCACUAACAGACCGCCAGCUUAACAAGCUGCACCUCGGUCUGUUCCAAGGCGGCGGUUUUAAGCGGCGGCUUGACGCUAUCACUCCACCAUGCCCUAUAUCCAGGGGCUUUGUGAUCGGCAGUGCACCGGUCGACGAGAGCGUCUCUUGCGUGCUGACGAUCGGCACGCCACGGGCCGCAGAGAGAUCUGACGACAGGAAGAAACCACAUCUAAUGCUGUUCGGAAAGCCUAUCCUUACCGAGCAGCAGAUGAGCUCUAGAGGGUCAAGGGAAACACUCUCCCCUGAGGCCACUGGGAACAGUUCCGAUGGCAGUGUUCAGAAAACGGGAAACGUAUCCGAUGGCUCCGGCUCGUCGAUCUGCAUCGGUUCCUCGUCCCGAGGCCGCGAGGCUUCUAGGCUCGGGUUCGAAUUUGAAGCCGGGCACUGCAAGGUAUUUGUGGAGUCGGAGGAUGUCGGUCGCACCAUCGACCUGUCCGUCUUUGGCUCGUACGAAGAGCUGUACGGUCAGUUGGCCGACAUGUUUGGAAUCGAGAAGGCAGAGGUAAUGAGCCACCUUUGUUACCGUGAUGCUGCUGGCGCUGUCAAGCGUACUGGCGACGAGCCGUUCUGUGACUUCAUGAAAGUGGCACGGAGGCUCACCAUAGUAGAGAGCACCGAGGGGAGGCUGCAGAAACCUCUCGUCGAGUACAUGGCUUGAUUGCAUGACUGUUCGAUAAGGCACUCUGAAGCUUGAGGAAGACUGAAGCUUGGAGCGAAUAUGUUUUCGUUUGCGUUUGUCUGCCGUGAAGCGGAAUCGCGAUGUCUGUCUCGUCGUGUGAAAGAAACUCGUGUAUCGGAUUUUCGUCUGUCGUGACUUGGUCGUUAGAACUCUGUCGUGGUCAGUUGUGUUGCGCUUGCGCUUGGGUCGAAGUUGAUAGAUGGCCUCUUUGAUGAACUAGCUUGGAAUAAAGUUCGAGUUGUGGUUAGGGAAUGCCAGUGCCAUGGCAAUUCAGUUGUCGUUGUCGAUUUAGUUAAAAUGCGUGUAUUUGUUGCUGCAGUUUGAUAGCACUUGCCAAGAUAUGUUGAACUUAUCGUGGUUAUGUUCA